GCAAAUUGUUUUAGUAUUUAUAUUUCUAAAAAAAUUCAGAUAAAAUGGCAGAUGACGCUUUACCUAGUCCUAACUUUGAUAAAAAGCCAGAAGGUUUUAUACAAUUCAGUUCUACCCCUGUUCAUGGGAAUCCGUUUAAACCAAAGUGGGGAAAGAAGAAUCGUCAGGAUAAUUGGACAAGGUUUGGUAAAUCUGAAAACCACGAGAUAAAUAAUUCAAGAUCCCCUGGAUGGUCACAGGAAGCCGGCUCGCCGAACCAGAACCAUGGGAAUCAGAACCAAGGAUAUGGGAAUCAGAACCAAGGAUAUGGGAAUCAGAACCAAGGAUAUGGGAACCAGAACCAAGGAUAUGGAAACCAGAACCGAGGAUAUGGGAAUCACGGAACUAAUCAGUCCUAUGGAAACCUAAGUUCUGGAAAUGAAGGUUUCAGACACAAUAGUCCUCGAGGAGGGGGGUUUGGUUCCCCAUGUAGAGGGGGCUCCAGUCCCUCUAACAGGGGAGGAUACGGAUAUGGGUCCCCUUCCCCCAGAGGAGGAGGAGGGGGCUACUCCCCACGAGGGGGGUUAAGGGGACAAAAUAGUAAUCAAUGGAAUAAUUCACCAAGGCAGCAGUUUAAUGGAAAUUCGAAUUCAAACUCUUUUUUCCAUCCAUCAAUGGUUGAGGAUCCUUGGAGAGAAUUAGAACAGAGACGAAAAUUAAGAUUAGAUCAAUCCCAGUCUACAAUGGACGAAUCUAGAUCAAGUAGGGACGAAUCUGGCGUCUCAAAGGACGAUUUUCAUCCUCUGUCUGAAUCUAUGAUACCUCAAGUUGGAGACAGUUUACUUCAACGGAAUUAUGCUUUGGAGGAUUCCCAGUUGAUACCAGAUUCAAGAGAAGACAACAACGUUUAGAAUUGAUUAAUUGAUUUCUCAAAUCAAUCAAUCAAUUACUUAACAGAAUUAUCUAUUAGUAUGUCAUGAAAUUUAAGAUUGACCUUUGAUUUAAAUUCUAUUUGCUAAAUUUUAAAGUUUUUUCCUCUUUAACUGGUUUUGACAGUUGUUUAUUUUCAGAAA